AUGGCGCACGUCCGAGGCCCAUGGCUGCCUGGCUGCCUGGUCCUGGUCACCCUGUUCAGCCUUGUGCACAGCCAGCCUGUGUUCCUGGCUCCUCAGCAAGCACUGUCGCUGCUCCAGCGUGUCCGCCGGGCCAACAGCGGCUUCCUGGAGGAAUUGCGCAAGGGUAACCUGGAGCGAGAAUGCAUGGAGGAGCAGUGCAGCUAUGAAGAGGCUUUUGAGGCUCUGGAAUCUUCCACGGAAACGGAGGUGUUCUGGUCCAAGUACAUAGUUUGUGAAUCAGUAAGAAAAUCUCGAGAAAAGUUCAAUGAAUGUAUGGAAGGAAACUGCGCUGAGGGUCUGGGCAAGAACUACCGAGGAAAUGUGAGCUACACCAGGUCAGGCAUCCAAUGCCAGCUCUGGAGGACCCGCUACCCACAUAAGCCUGAAAUCAACACUACUCUCCCUGAGUAUGACCUGAAGGAGAAUUUCUGCCGCAACCCAGAUGGCAGCACAACGGGGCCAUGGUGUUAUACGACAGACCCCACUGUACGGAGGGAGGAGUGCAGCAUACCUCUGUGUGGCCAGAAGGGUGUCACUGUGGAGCUGAUCCCACGCUCUAAAACUACCAGGAUGGAGACCGUACCCUCAUUAGGGCUGUGUGUCCUAGACCGUGGCCAGCAGUACCAGGGUCACCUGGCAGUGACCACACAUGGCUCCACCUGCCUGGCUUGGAACAGCACACAGGCCAAGGCCUUGAGUAAGGACCAGGACUUCAAAAGCACGGUGCCACUGGUGGAGAACUUCUGCCGGAAUCCGGACGGGGAUGAGGAGGGCGUUUGGUGUUAUGUGGCCGGGCAGCCUGGUGACUUUGAGUACUGCGACCUUAACUACUGCGAGGAACCAGUGGACGAGGACAGUGAAGACUUGGCAGGUGAGGACUCAGACCCAGCCUUCAUGGAAGGACGCAUCACCAACGACUCGUACCAGUCCUUUUUCAACGAGAAGACCUUCGGCACUGGGGAGGCAGAUUGUGGACUGCGCCCCCUGUUCGAGAAGAAGUCGGUGAAGGACGCGACAGAAAAUGAACUGAUGGAUUCCUACGUGGAGGGGCGCAUCGUGGCGGGUUUUGAUGCGGAGCAAGGCGUUGCUCCCUGGCAGGUGAUGAUUUUCCGUAAGAGCCCCCAGGAGCUGCUAUGUGGGGCCAGCCUUAUCAGUGACCGCUGGGUACUCACUGCGGCCCACUGCCUGUAUUACCCACCCUGGGACAAGAACUUCACCGUAAAUGACCUUCUGGUGCGCAUCGGCAAGCAUUCCCGCACCAGGUAUGAGCGGAACAUUGAGAAGAUCUCAAUGCUGGAUAGCAUCUGCAUCCACCCCAGAUACAAUUGGAAGGAGAACCUGGACAGGGACAUCGCUCUACUGAAGCUCAAGAAGCCCAUCGCCUUUAGCGACUACAUUCACCCUGUGUGCCUGCCCGACAAGAAGACAAUGAACAGAUUGCUGCGCAUGGGCUACAAAGGAAGAGUGACUGGCUGGGGCAACCUGAAGGAGACGUGGGUGAUCAGCAUUUCUGAGGUGCAGCCCAGCGUGCUGCAGGUGGUGAACCUGCCCUUGGUGAAUCAUACCGCCUGCAAGUUCUCUACCCGCAUCCGUGUCACGGACAACAUGUUCUGUGCUGGCUACAGUUCCAAAGAAGGCCUAAGAGGGGAUGCUUGUGAAGGUGACAGUGGGGGACCCUUUGUCAUGAAGAGCCCCUAUAAUAACCGCUGGUAUCAAAUGGGCAUCGUCUCAUGGGGUGAAGGCUGUGCCCGGGAUGGAAAGUAUGGCUUCUACACACAUGUGUUCCGCCUGAAGAAGUGGAUAAAGAAAGUCGUUGAUCAGUCUGGAUGCUGA